AUGAACAUGUUGGGGCCUAAUAAGUUUUCCAUCCGAAGCAGUGCUUACAGCGACUACUCGAGUUUGAGUGAUUCUCAGCUGCUCUUUGGCUCCCAGUUCUGCCCGGAGAAUGCGCAGCUGGCAGCGGCGCCGCUGGAGCUGGGUACACAACCGGGACAGCACAACUCCCAGGAUAGUGAGCCCAGUAUUUUUACCAAAUACCAGACAAAACCACAGUUAUUUGAUGACGAUACGAAAGAAAAAGGUUUGCUUAAUUUUGGUGGUGGAAGAGUGAGAAGUGUCUUGGAAAAAUUUGAAGUGAAUAAGAACAAAAUAAAGGACAAAUACGAUCGUGAGGUUUUAAGCACCUUUAUUUCCAGUAUCAAAGACAGGCUUCAAGGGCUGCAAGCGUGCUUGGACAAGUUUGGAGAAAUGUUUGAUUCAGGAAACAAAUCCAUUUUGGUUCACCUAGAAACCAUUUCCCAGACAGUGCAAGAUGCUCUUCAGAGUCACUGUGGCUUGGUGCUGAAAGCUCUGACAGAUAAAAGCCAAAUGGAGCAGGCAAUGCUGGAGAUGGAGAGGAGACUUGCAGCCAAAGAUAUGGAGAUUUUGGAUGUGAAAUCCAGUGUCCAGCUGCUGAAGGAGGGUCUGGAGUCACUGCCCACUCAGCUGAGGGAUCAGUACCUGAAGCUGUGUGAAGAACUAGGCCUCCUGAAGCUCCCCAGCACCUUAGCUGAGCUGCACACGUUCAUUUCUAGUGCCAGACUCCCACCUCACAUGGCAGAUAACUCUUCUCAGACCUCCCCUGGCUCAUGCCAGGGCUGUGUUCUGGGUGAGAACCUGCGCUGGUCAUGCUGCCAUGGCAGGGGGGUUUGCAGCUCCUUGGGUCAGCCUCAGCCCCCCUGCAUGACAGUGGGGGAGCAGCACGGAGACUCCCCCACGAGGAACCAGGUCACUGGGGAUGCCACGUCUAAGGCUGACCUAAACACAGGUUCAGGAGAGGAAGUCAGCCCCAUUGCUACAGCAGCAUGUGGCAGAGAAACCACCUCUUUGCAGGAGGAGAAGCACAGCCUGGAAACACAGAGCUGUGCUAACCAUCCUUGCAUGUGCUGCACUAACAGUCACUUUUUGGGGUGUAGUCAGAAGAAACACUCUCCUGCACCACAGGAGGUGCCCUUACCAACUCCACUGAGGAAGGCCGUCAGGACAUGCACUCGAGGAUUUAAACCCACGACACCAUUACAACAGAGGCAGCCUCAAGUUUGCCACCUUUCUGUACAAAAAGAUAUGCCUGGGCAAAGAGGCAGUAACUGGGCCACAGACCGUGAGGUGGAGAAUGUGGCUGUAGGGAACAAAGUGAAACAGAGGUCAGGAAGGAUCCCUGGGAAUAAAGCAACGGGGAGGAAAAAAACGUGCCCUGCUAUGAGAAAAGGUGAGCUCUCUCAAUGUGCUGAUAGUGGGCUGAAGCAAAGGAAGGCAAACAAGGUUAUUGAGUUGGAAAGCUCCAGAAAAAAUUGCUUUCCCAGAUGCACAGUUGCUGUCAAUUUAGGAAGCUCUAACCCGGUUUUUGCAGCUCCCAAUCAGCAGGUCCUCAGCAGCACUCAGCCAAGGCUUACAAAGAAUUUCCCACCAGGGCCAUGCUCCAAUAAAAGCCUGCAACAACUUGCAGACAAAAGAAAGAGAAGUUUGGAAAUUAAAAGAAGAGUUAAUGUUUCCAGUGUAAAAAGGAAUCUCUUGGAUUCCUCUCCGCAGGAGAAUCUGUUUUCCCUAUGUAACACAGCAGGUGAAAAACAGAUGAGCUGCUUCAGUCUCCGAAGACCGGCAAGCACCAAGAAACCAUGUCCUGUCAACACGCUGGCUCAGCAGAACACAGCCUGCUGCUCUUUAGUUUUUGACAGCGAUUAUUCCGAUUGAAGGGGUUUGUUUCAUGUUCAGAGUCCUCAGCACAGGCUUGGCCAUCUCAGUCACAGUUUAUUCCUCUAGGCAUAUUAUUCCUCUAGGUUACCUGCUUAGCCAACAGACGAGGCUCAUGCCUGGAUGCUUCGAAGUGUUAUUGCCCACCUUGAUAUAUUGUAAGGGACUAUGUGGGAUCUGAGGGGAAGCUCUCCCCUAGCUUGGCAAGCUGGUGGAAUCAGUAUUACUUUACCUCCCUGCUCCCAGCAGACAUGCCAUGGGCUCCAAUUGCUGUCGUAUUUACGCAGCAGAGAAGUACCUGCAGAGCCUGCUGAGAUGUUCGCUGGGGAGGAGAGGGCUGGCAGAGCAUGGACAAGCAGCUCAAUCAGAUUUAGCACUGAGACCUACUUGAAACUUUUCAAGUAGAUAGGUGUAAUAAUACCUCUGUGGCCAGAGGCUUUACUCUGUUUCUCACUCAUUGUCUCUGUGUUGGUUUACAUGUCUAAAAGUUCAGCUAUUUAGCUCCCUAGGCAGUAGUACUGUUGUUCUGGUUGAUUUCGAUAAGGUUCAGAUUUGUCCCAGGAGGUUUUUUGUGAGCUGUGGACAGGGACAAGUUUAGCUGAGGAAAACCAAAUCCCAGCACUUCAGGUUCAUCCACUAUUGCAUUUCUCCUUUUAGGAUUAAAUUUCUUAGUUUCAGAAAUUUCAGGCAAUUACUUCAUAUCAUCUGUUUUGUUUGUCUCUUGUAACACUUGGCUAAUCAAGGAAUUCUCCAAUGUACAGUUUUCAAGGGCAGUGGUUCUGAAACAGAAGCCAAAAGACGUGAUGGUCAAAUUUAGCAGAUGAAGUCACUGAUGGAUAGUUCUUGUCCUUUAGAAACCUGCAUCUCUCUAGUGUGGAGUCACUCCAAAGUUUUCAAGUCAGAAAGGACCAGCCUGCUCACCUAACCUGGCGUAUACAGCCAGGAGAUUGUUGGGCAACCCCCAUUCCCACAGAGCAACUCUUUCCAGGGUACCCAGCUGUGUCUAUCAGCAGCUUCCACUGUUUCAGAUUAUUUGUAUCAUGUUUGAUUUUGGAUCUGAGAUGUUAGUGGCAAAAGCAGCAUUUCAGUGUUGACAAAACAGGUCUCUUGCCACAAACCCAACCAGUCCAGUUUGUUGUCCUGAGGGGGAAGACUGGGAUCCCCUUUUCCUGGCUUUAAUAAACUCAUUGUGUCUUCACCGAAGUCCAGUGUCUUCAUAUUU